UGCAUUCAUCCAGCCACAUCCUCUCCCUGCCGUCAGCUCAUCCUUUGCGAGAUCAACCAGCCAAUAAUGUCUCCCCCAGGGCAAUCUCAGGCCACAGUUGGGCCUCCCCGCCUCUGAAAUAGGGGAGUGCUGUGAUUAUUAACCACGGCAUCGGCAUCGGAGUCGCCUGCCGGGCUCCGAGUCUAGGUCCCAGCUAAGGGCUGCGGGCUCUUUGAUCCUUAUCGCUGCGAUCAUGUCUCCCUCUGCCUUCUCCCAUCUGGCCUGUGGUCAACAGCACCAUUAUGAACUUUGCUCACUCCAAGGGAAGCACCUGGGGCCAGCAAUGGCGGUCCUCGCCGUUUUUCAUCGUCAGCGCCAUGGCGAUGGCCCUGUUCACUGACACCUUUCUUUACGCCUUCCUCGUCCCCAUCCUCCCCUACGUCCUUGAAAGCCGCCUCGGAUUAGAUGUCUCCCUCACCCAGCGCAUGAGUUUUGCCCUACUGUCGGAAACCGCGGUCGCUGCUCUCGUUACCAGCCCAUUUAUUGGCCAUUAUGCCGAUCGGCUGUCUUCUAAGCGGAUAUUGCUCGUCGGAUCGCUGUUGGCUGCAUUGUUUGGCUCGAUCGUCCUGGCUCUGGCGACAUCUACGUUUACUCUCUUUGUCGGACGCCUCAUCCAAGCAGUCGCCAGCUCGUUCAUUUGGGUGGUCGGAUAUGCGACGAUCGCGGACAAUGUACAACCGGAACACCUGGGCAAGACUUAUGGAGUAAUUUCACUGGUCGUAGCGGCAGGUACCUCAGGAGGCCCUAUGGUCGCCGGCAUUCUCUUUGAAUUGGGCGGGUAUUGGACAGCGUGGUCUAGUGCUUUUGUGAUUCUGGUCGUCGACAUCGUCCUUCGACUGCUCAUGCUGGAGAAACCGACCAAAAAUGCGGAUUAUCCCAGCAAUGAGAGCGUCGCAUCCGACACCGAGAGCGCUCCACUUCUCAGCGAUGCACACAGCGAUGCACACAGCGUGGUGGAGGGGGAAUUGACGGGCUUGAAGUUCUACCUGUACAUCAUGCGGUAUCGUCGCUUCGUUUGCGGGGUGGUCAGCUACUUCUCGUUUGCCGUCCUGGUCUCCAGCUUUGACACCACUUUGCCUUUGCAUGUUCGUGAUGUGUUCAGCUGGGGUAGUUUUCCUGCCGGCAUGAUGUUCUUUGCUUUGCAAGGCCCUGGCAUCCUCCUGAGUCCCCUCUGCGGGUGGUUGAAAGAUCGGGUGGGAACCCGGUGGCCUACGACGGUCGGGUUUUUGCUUCUUGCGCCUGUUAUGUGGGUCAUUGGUAUGCCCGGAGACGAGCGAUUCCCCUGGGCAAAUGAGGGCGACCGAGGAAAGAUUAUUUACGCUGUUGGGGUAACUGUGGUGGGAUCUGUGUCUUGUCUGCUGAACGGAGCUGGAACGAUUGAAGCUACGGUUACCAUCGACGAGGUCGAGGCCAAGCAUCCCGGGAUCUUUGGUCCAAACGGGGGGUACUCGCGGGCCCUUUCGGUGGCCAGUAUGGGCUGGACGUUGGGUGCGUUUAUCGGGCCUAUUAUGUCUGGUUUCAUUGCCGAGCAGGUCGGAUACUAUGAAAUGAGCUGCGUGAUUGCGGCCGUCUGUGCGCUCUCCGGCGUGAAUACUUUCUUUAACCUCGACUCCAAAGUCCAUUUCGACCGCGUGGCGUCGGCCUAGCUAAUACUCCGUAUACUCCGUAUACUCGGUCCUGGCGAUCACUUGGCUGACGGACGGAUCCAAAAGUUCUCUUGCAUAUACGAAGCUCCGUGUGAUAUAUAGCGGAUGGGUCUAGAUUGUUUGCAGUUAGAUGUGCAUUGACAUAAUCGAACGAGUCACCCGUUAUGGGGGACGUUAUCAUCUGGCGAGUUUGAUACGAGAUAAUCAUCCGUGCGCGGGUUCUUUGACUUCUAGACCAUUGUAUCUGAUUUGCCACCCUCGCCGAGAUAGAUGAAUCCCACUGUUUACCCGUGCACUGACCGAUAUCGUCACCUCAAUUAUCGGUCUAGACUAGGGAAUGGUCCCCUUUGCGAGACUGGCCUAAAUAGACUUUCUUUUUUUUGUCGGGGACACAGGGAUACAUCACAUUUAAUCUAUUUGCCAUAUGCCAUCAAGAUACCCCAGGGGCGUUAUCGGAAAUACCCAAAAAUAAGACCCUUGAUAA